AGGAACCUGCACGACACCCUUGGUCAGGGUGGGGGCGCUGAUCGUGACGCUUGCUUAGGCCACGCUGAAUCGCCGUAACUUUCAUCGCGACAUACUGUAUCACAUACAUCCACUACUUCGAAAGUGGGAGUAUCUUUGGUCCGAGUCAAUACGAAGGUUUCGGUUCGACCGGUCUCAACGCCGUUCCGUAUCUCCCCUCGCUACAAUUCUACUCUUCGCACCUCAACCUUACUUGCGCUAUUUUGAAGUCCAAUAGUACGUCGCGCCACGCCUGGACGAACAGCUGUGUUCUGGUUCGCCAGCCAGAAGCCUAAUCUGUAUGCUCCGUGAACCCUGGCCACCGACUGCGGAAAUUCGGAACUACACAGCCCUGCCCUCGCCGCGAUAGUGUGCCAUGGAGGCUGAUCCGUACAGCAACGGGACGGCGAGUAGCGACAGCAAAAGUCCCUUGGGUCAGCUUGGCUUCUUGAAGAGUCUCGAGAAGAAGCAGACGAAAGAUGGCCAAACGCCCAAGCGAAGAGGUCCGAAGCCUGAUAGCAAGCCUGCGCUUACUCGACGGCAGGAAUUGAACCGACAAGCUCAGCGAACGCAUCGCGAGCGCAAAGAAAUGUACAUCAAGGCGCUUGAACAAGAAGUCUUGCGGCUCAAAGAAAUGUUUGCCAACACGACCAAGGAGCAAGACCGCGUUGCCCAGGAGAAUCUUCGCCUCAGGGCGCUUCUCGCGCAGCACGGCAUCAAGUACGACUUCGACUCGACGCCCAUCAAGUUUCAGCGAGAGCCGAGCAGCUACGGCCCAAGCUCAAGUGACAGCAUGUCAGGCAGUUACGCAGGCGGCACAGACAGCACUGAUUUCAGCCCUCCGCCAAUGCCCGGCCAACCGUCCGCCAGGAAUGGCGCUGUUAGAACCGGCGCGGCACCGCACAUGCAGAGUAUGGCGCAAUUGCCGACAACUCGCUUAGACUAUGACUCAAUCGGCAUAGACUUCGUGCUAACGUAUGAUGCCCACGGUAACCCAAUGCUCGAACGACCAUGCAUGGACCACAUGCAAUACCUGAUCGUGCGUUCUCACAACCCCGAAAACCAACCCUUCCACCACCCCAUGGAGAAUGCGGACGACGGAGAGCAUGAGCACAUGUCGGGCCACGCGCUCAUGGCCACCGCACCGCCACACAGUCACAUCAUGGAGAAACCGGACGAGAAGUAUCCGUUUCAGAUGCCAACCGGAAUUGCCACGGACACAUUGACGAAGCUUCUCGACCUGAGCAAUCGGCUGCCCUUCGAUCAUUAUACAGAGAUCACACCUAUUAUGGCCUUCACCAUCAUCCUGCGAGAUGAGAGGGUCGGCCAACUGACGGCGGCGGACUUUGAGACCAUCAAGGGUGAUCUAAGUACCAAAGUUCGGUGCUACGGCUUUGGAGCGGUUUUGGAAGAGUUCGAGGUACACGAUGCGCUGGAGGGGGUCUUCGCCAAGAGGGAUGCUGUACCCCUGCUGAGCCGGACAAUGGCAGCACAGCAAAUCUCAGUACAUUAAGACGUGUGUGUCUGCAGGGUAGGCAGGUAGGCCAUAUGGUUGGUCGCCCGCACCUGUAUAUGCAAGCUCGAAUGAGCUUGCUUCAUGAUCGGAUGAGUGACGGCCAGGUAUCAUUCAUCUUACCAAUCUUGAUCUUGCCGUGUAUACUGUCCAGGUGGGUAAUGGAAUGCCCGUUCUCCAUUUGGAGCAUCCAAACGCCGAUGCGGGAGCUACCUUGCCCCGAUGUUAUGAAAUAGCGCUAUCGCUGCAAGAGGGCAUAUUCCGUCCCAGCGAUCGUAUACAACCACUCGAAGCGACCACUCGCUAAGCUAUCAGCGGCAAAUCUUGCACCUCUGCAGCUGCUGGCCGCUCGCAGUGGCGAUCAACCGAUGAGCGGCAGUCACAUGAGCUGAAAGCCAUGCAGGUCGCCGUAGGAGCUUACAUCUGCAAGCCUCUUCGCCCGCUUGUGGAGAAGGACGGAUCGAUCAGGCGGUGGAUGCGG